AUGAGCUUCUUUUUCCGCCAGCCGCCCAGCGUAGAAGGCGAAUUCACUCUCAAAGAUCCUCCAGACAAGGCUGGUAGCGACACCGUGCUCCUGAGCUCCCGAUUGUGGGCAUAUUUGUCUACACCACAAGAUUCUCGUGUUCUCAUCAUAAUAUCGUCGGGCGACUCAAUCGCGCCCUUGUUAACCUUCCAAGAUUUGGAAUGUUUGACUUGUUGGGCGAACGAGGAUCCUGAUAUUGAGUGCAUCGCAAUACCACCUCACUGGUCAGACCUGUAUCCUCAUAUUUUUGGGACAUUCAAUAGUCAGCAAAAACUGUACUUGUCUCGUGCAGAAGACGUCUCGCUCUCCGAAGUGGUAUUGACAGCCCAAACCCCUGACGCAUACAGUUUCGCGUCGUCCCACAGCUCUGCCAUGGAGGAAUGGCUCUUCAACUCAUCGCUGAUAAUCCGCACUGGUGAAGAAUUGCAUGUUCCCCGAACGUUAUCUCUCUCAAAUGGCGAUGCAUCUGAAACAUCCCCCUCGGCGCUCUAUCCAUAUCGCUAUAAAAUUGAUGUUGCAUAUCCAUACUCUCAAGGGAUCAUACGGCGAAAUGUCACGCAGUUUGUGGUGACUUGUUGUGACCAGGGAGCAGAAAUUGGAGGAGACUCGUCGACUGUUGGCAUACACUCAUCUGAUGCUGAGCUAGCUUCGGAGCCGCUCGAGAUCAGCGAAUCUUUUCUCAUCACUGCCGCACUACCGGCAGCCGUGGCUCAUCAUGCUGGUCCGUAUGAGGCCGCCGCAAUGGACGCUUGUUUCCGUCUUCAACCGCUUUCGCGAGAGGAUCGAGAUGUCCCUAACAAUGAUGUCGCGCUGUACCUGCGAACCUCUGAUUUUCGUCGAGUUGGUGUCCUUGAUGGAGACUGGGCUAUUGUGAGCGACCUCGAGUCAUCACAAGCAAGGUUAGUGCGGGUGUUUGCGCAUGAUUGCGAAUCGGUGCCUUCUGGUGUUGUGAAGGCUUCGCCGUCACUGGUUUCCAGCAUCCGUGUGGACUCUUCCGGUCUGGUGUGGAUUCGUCCAAGCCCUUUUGGUAACCGUCAACCGGCAAUACCAGUCGCUCGAUCCCUUACUCUUUCUCGCAUUACAUCACCUUUUUCCACCGGACGCAAGUUCGAGACUCUUUUUCUCCAAGAAAUACAAUCUUACUUCAGUUCCUGUAAACGCAUGGUCAAACCAGGAGAUUUAAUUAAUGUGUUCAUUGAUACCGACAACGCAGAAGUUAUUGAUAAACUUGACAAGGGCAAACUUCCAAUAUAUUGGCGGUCAAGCGGUAACGCAGUGGUGUCCUUUGUCGUGGACAAGGUCGACUACGACCCUAUCAAUGCUGUUGAUGACUAUUGCAUUUACCCCCAGUUUGCUCGAGGCGACUACGGCUGUUUCGUCGACUCCCAGCAUACUCGAAUCGUGCAGCUCGGAACACAAAAUAAAAGCUCACCAGAUAUACCAAGCUAUAAUGCCCUUCAUGACGCUGGUACCAGAUCAGGAGAAUCAUCUUUCUCAGCUGGCACAAUGGAUGCAAUGACUCGUUUGUCGGAUGCUCCUCGAUUCAAGGGAGCUGUAGAAUUUGGCAUUCGACCAUUUCUGCUUAUUUCAGGAGCUCGAGGGUCCGGGAAGUUUACAAUGGCUUCUUCUAUAGCACGACGGCUUGGAAUCCAUAUUGCAGAGAUUAACUGUUUUGCGAUAAUUUCGGAAAAUCAAGUCAAUACAGAAGGCAGCUUAAGAGCUCGAGUUGAAAUGGCAAGUUCAUGCGCACCAUGCGCGAUCGUGAUUCGGCACCUAGACGCGCUGUCCCAGUCUACUCCAGCUUUGGAACCGGGAAAAGGUAUCACAAUGUCACAUGCCCUGAACGAUUGUUUAGCAGACGUGGAGGUCCAUACGCAAUCCACGGGCAGCCAGAUUUUCGUCAUUGCAACUGCGAGUGACACUUCUAAGAUCCCUGCUAUCCUCCUCUCGCGCUUUACAAAUGAAUUUGCACUAAAGGCUCCGACUGAGGCAGAACGAUCGGGUAUAAUACGUCAUUGCAUGGAUCAUGUCAAGCUGGCUUCCGAUGUUUCAGUGGCUUCUUUUGCCAUACAGACUGCUGCACUAGUUGCCAUUGAUAUAUUCGACUUUUUGACACAAGCGGAGGUUAUUGCUGUUAGAGAGUCACUUGACGAAAUUGCUCGUCGAACAUGGUCCCGGAGUACCAUAGCUAUUCGAGCAAAUCACUUGGAAUCUUCCCUUUUGAAGGCGAGGACGACGUUCGCUCAAAACAUUGGGGCUCCGAAGAUUCCUGCGGUCAUGUGGCAGGACAUCGGUGGUUUGUCGAGAGUAAAGAACGAGAUAUUGGACACCAUCCAACUUCCGUUAGAGCACCCCGAAUUAUUCAUCGAAGGAUUGAAGAAGCGUUCAGGAAUCUUGUUGUAUGGGCCCCCAGGCACAGGGAAAACGCUGCUCGCGAAGGCAGUGGCAACUUCGUGCUCAUUGAAUUUCUUUUCGGUGAAAGGACCCGAACUCCUGAACAUGUACAUUGGAGAGUCUGAAGCAAACGUUCGACGCAUAUUUCAACGUGCUCGUGACGCAAAACCAUGCGUCAUUUUUUUUGAUGAACUUGACUCUGUAGCGCCAAAGCGAGGCAACCAAGGAGAUUCAGGUGGUGUUAUGGACCGUAUUGUGAGCCAGCUUCUUGCAGAACUGGAUGGUAUGUCUGCUGGGGGUGGAGGCGAUGUCUUCGUCAUCGGAGCUACCAAUCGCCCCGACCUAUUAGAUCCGGCUCUUUUGCGACCUGGAAGGUUUGAUCGAAUGUUAUAUCUCGGAGUUAGCGACACGCACGAAGCUCAGCUUGAUAUCCUUCAUGCCCUCACGAGAAAAUUCAAGCUUAGUCGUGAUCUCAGCCUUGCGGACAUUGCUCGAGAGUGCCCGUUCCACUACACGGGAGCUGACUUCUAUGCUUUAUGCUCUGACGCAAUGUUAAAUGCACUAAACAGGAAGGUUGCCGAGCUGGACAGCAAAAUAGCACAACUCAACAAACAAUCAGAAUUUCGACAACACCAACUAACACCUCAGUACUAUCUCACUGAAAUCGCCAAAUCAGAUGACUUGCACAUUUUGGUUACUCAGGUGGACUUCAUCCGUGCACUGAACGAGCUAGUCCCUAGUGUUAGUGCAGCAGAAAUGCAGCACUAUGCUACUAUUCAGAGGAGAUUCAUGCAGGAAAUUGUGGAAGAUAUGUAA